GGUUAUUGGCUACUGGGUUGUGCUGGUCUGGUGGUCGGCUCUGUGGUAUUGGGCGGGGUCACAAGGCUCACAGAAUCUGGUCUGUCGAUGGUAGACUGGCAUCUAAUCAAAGGAAUGAAGCCACCAAGAACACAAGAAGAAUGGGAGAAGGAGUUUGAGAGAUACCAGAAAUACCCAGAAUACAAAUAUUCCAACCAAGACAUCACUCUAACGCAAUUCAAGUGGAUCUGGUACAUGGAAUAUGCUCACAGAAUGUGGGGUCGUAUGGUUGGAGCUGUGUUCUACCUUCCUGCUGCAUAUUUCUGGUACAAAGGCUGGUUUAACAGAGGAAUGAAGAUUAGGGUGGGAGUGUUUGGGGCUCUGAUAAUGUGCCAGGUAGUGAUUGAA